GGAAGGGCCCGACCGGGACCACGUGGUGCGGGACCACGUGUUGGCAGCGUCAUGGCGUCGGCGCCCAAGAAGUUCAAGGCGGCGGUCGAGAGCGGCGCCCAGGGGAAGGGUAGUGCCGACCCCCUCUCCGGGUUCCUGGCGUGGUGCGGGCGGGCUGGGGUGGAGCUGAACCCCAAGGUCCGCCUGAGCAGGGAGGGCGCGGUGGCGGGGUACGGGAUGUUGGCCGCCGAGGAGCUGGAGGCGGGAGAGGUGCUGUUCACCAUCCCUCGCACGGCGCUGCUGUCCCAGCACACCACCUCCAUUCACGCACUCUUGCAGGAAGCCCAGGAGUCCCUGCAGAGCCAGUCUGGUUGGGUCCCUCUCCUGCUGGCCUUGCUUCACGAGUACACAGCCAGCAGCUCUCACUGGCAGCCAUAUUUCUCCCUCUGGCAGGACUUCCGGAGCCUGGACCACCCCAUGUUCUGGCCUCAAGAAGAGCGAACAAGGCUCCUGCAGGGCACAGGCAUCCCAGAAGCUGUGGACAAGGAUCUAGCUAACAUCCAGCUGGAGUACAACUGCAUCAUCUUGCCUUUCAUGGAGACCCACCCUGACAUCUUUGACCCCAAACUGCACACUCUGGAGUUGUAUAAGGAGCUGGUGGCAUUUGUCAUGGCUUACAGCUUUCAGGAGCCUUUGGAGGAGGAGGAAGAAGAUGAGAAGGGGCCCAAUCCUCCUAUGAUGGUGCCUGUAGCAGAUAUUUUGAAUCAUGUGGCCAACCACAAUGCCAACCUGGAAUACUCUCCCCAAUGUCUGAGGAUGGUUACAACGCAGCCCGUGAGGAAAGGACAGGAGAUCUUUAACACGUAUGGGCAGAUGGCCAACUGGCAGCUGCUGCACAUGUACGGCUUCGCAGAGCCCUACCCCGGCAACAGCCACGACACAGCCGACAUCCAGAUGGUGACACUGCGCAGGGCGGCUCUGCAGCGAGCCAAAAGUGAAGCGCAGCAGCAGCUGGUCUCAGAGCAGUGGGACUUCCUGUGCCAGCUGGAGAUGGUGGGGGAGGAAGGUGCCUUUGUGCUUGGCUGGGAUGAGGUGCUGACAGAGGAAGAGCUGUCCAUGACCCUUAAGGUGCUCUGCAUGUCAGAAGAAGAAUUCAAGGAGUAUAAGGAGCAAGAUGGCUGGGAAGAUGACAGUGAUGAAGAGGAAAACUCUACCCUUUCAAAUGAGGCCCUUUCCCGACUUAAAACCCCUUGCAAGAAGCUCCUUUAUGACAGUGUGCUGCUGACCCUGGAGUCCUAUGGGUCAGACCUGAAAGCAGAGCAGGACUUGCUAAAUAACAAGGAGGCUUAUGAGAAACUGAGUCGAAGGGAGCAGCAAGCGCUGCACGUGCGCUACGGACAGAAGAGGAUCUUGCACCAGCUGCUAGAGCUGGUACAAUAGAAACCCCAGUGCCCCUGGCCAGGCCCUGGCUGGGCUGAUCCUGAGGGAAAGGUCAACCUCUGGCCAUCUCUUCUCUAGCAGAGAGGACAGAUGGCAAGACUGACUGCAGGUCCACUUGUCCCUCAUACAGCACAUGGAUUUUUAGCUACCUCUACAUAAAGAAGUAUCUUCACAGCACAAAGGUGGUUUUGAGUGGCCUUAUUGUACCAUGAGAGCUCUGUAGCACAAAUACCACCUUUUUCCAGAUGCCUUAAGAAACCCCAGCCAUGCUAAUGGCUGUUUUAGGAAGGCAGACAUACACUGCCAGAACAGCAGAGGAUUCCCUCCUUCAGCAUCAGAAGUUGAUGGCAAGAGCUGUUCCUAGUCCAGAUUAAGAGGGCAGAAAUCCAGCUGGUAACUCUUACCUUAGAUAGGUUCAGAGUAAAUAUCUGGUGGACCUGCUGACAACACUAAACUCUUCACCUGUACAUAUUUUAUGUUGAACAUGUCCAAGAGUACAAGCCCAUCUAGCUGGUCUUCAUGUAGUCUCAGUAUAACAAAUAUUUCCUUUUAUUUCCACAAAAGGUAUUUCUGUGUGGGCUUGAGACUACUCUGGAGGAGCACUGUCACAGUUGCACAGCUGCUGCAGGCUGAGCAUUUGAUAUACACCCUCUGCUUGAUCCAGUUCUACCCUGAACUCACUUUGGUUUUGCAUGACAAAACACAGAUGCUUGACAGGCCAAGCUCUGUUUAAUAAAAAUGAGUUUUCUUACCCA